GAGCCCGCCGUGCCACCAAUCGUCGCGGCCACGGCCUGCGGCACGCUAUCUCAAUCUGCUCUACUGCGCCCCAGCAUCCUUGCUCCAUCGUCUACUGUCGCGUGGGUUCUAUUAGAUUGGCACCCUGCCCGGCUGCUGCUGCUUUUUUGUUUGUGCUUCCUCCCCAGACUUGACUCUCCAAGUGCACGCCCCAGGGACUGACAACUACCGCCGCCAUGGGACUGUUCGGCGACAAAGAGAAGGAUGGCGACAACUCGUCCGGCAAUGGCCCUGACAUCGGCGAGGGCUUUUCCGCAGACAACGCCGAUCAGCUUCAACGACAUCUGGGGAACCGUCAAAUUCAGCUCAUCGCCAUUGGAGGAUCCAUUGGUACCGCUCUGUUCGUCAGCAUAGGAACUGGUCUGUACAAGGGCGGUGCUGCAAACCUGCUGCUGGCAUAUAUUGUACAAAGUUGUGUCUUGGCCAUGGUCAACAACUGUGUGGCUGAGAUGACCACUGCCUAUCCCGUAUCUGGUGGCUUCAUCAGACACGCGGGUGAAUGGGUCGACGAUGCGCUUGGCUUCAUGGUUGGAUGGAAUUUCUUCUUCUACGAGGCAUUACUCGUGCCGUUCGAGAUCUCCGCCUUUGUCCUGGUCUUGUCAUUCUGGUCUGAUAAAGCCACUGAACCUGGUCCUACUGUUGGAAUCAUCAUUGGUGUCAUCGCAUGCUAUGCCUUUAUCAACGUCCUCGCAGUCGGAGCUUUUGGAGAAGCCGAGUUCUGGCUGUCCGGCGGCAAGGUUAUCCUGAUUUUUAUGCUCUUCUUCUUCACCUUCGUGACCAUGGUUGGAGGUAACCCGCAAGGCGACGCAUAUGGAUUCCGCAACUGGACCGACGGAGGCGCAUUCCGCGAGUACAUCACGACCGGUGACCUUGGACGCUUCGAAGGAUUCUUGGGCGGCCUCACGUCUGCCGUCUUCACCGUCGUCGGUCCCGAAUACAUCUCGAUCGUCGCUGCUGAAGCUAUCCGGCCCCGCACUUACAUCAAGGCCGCUUUCAAGAUGGUCUAUGUGCGCUUUGGUCUCUUCUUCAUCGUCGGAGCCUUGGCCGUUGGUAUUGUCUGCUCUUCUCGCGACCAAAAGCUGAGGGAUGUCGUCGAGGGCGGCGAGGGUAAUGGCUCUGCUGCAGCGUCGCCGUAUGUCAUUGCCAUGACCAACCUGGGUAUCUCCGUGCUGCCAGACAUCGUCAAUGCUCUUAUCCUGACUUCGAUCUUCUCUGCUGGCAACACAUACACCUACUGCGCCAUUCGUAACCUGUACUCACUGUCCCUGGAGGGGAGAGCUCCGAAAUUCCUGCGACACUGCACAAAGAAGGGUGUGCCGAUCUACUGCUUCGCCGUGGUUAUGAUCUUCCCAAUGCUGUCCUUCGUUUCAGUCUCGAGCAGCUCCCGAGUUGCCAUCACAUGGUUCUCCAGCUUGGUCACUGGUGGAGGUCUCAUCAACUAUGUCACCAUGUGCAUCACCUACAUCCGAUUCUACCAAGCGUGCAAGGUCCAAGGUCUCGAUCGCAAGACCCUACCUUACACCGGCUGGCUGCAGCCAUGGUGCGCAUAUUUCGGCCUCGCAUGGAUGUUCACCGUCUGCUGCAUCUACGGCUAUACCUCAUACCUUCCCUGGAGCACAUCGAACUUCUUCUCGAACUACACGAUGCAAUUGUUCAUCCCACCGCUGUUCAUCAUUUGGAAACUCAUCCACAAGACCAAGUGGGUCAAGUCCGAAGAUGCCGAUCUUGUAUGGGAGCGACCAGUUGUCGACGCCUACGAGCAGACAUUUAUUCACCCUCCGAUUGGUUUCUGGACGGAGAUGGGCCACCUCAUUGGAAUCAGGAAGCCAGAGGAGAAGGGAUCGAACAGGAGAGUCAGUAUUGUGCCGGACGAUGUCAUGCAUGCGCAAACGAAUUUGAAUGCACAGCUCGAGAAGCGAUGAGUUCACGGCAGAUCAGUGAAUUUCUUGUAGAUACAGCAAAUCUGCUUUGAUACGAAGUUGACGAAAUGCUCAUGAGCUGCGACGCUCCAGUUGAACCACAGCCUCUUCGGCGCAUUUCUUUUAUUCACUCACGACAGGAUGCAGCACAGGUCAUCCAAUUUUGCUCACAAGCAGUAAAAUGUCCGACGAUUACAUCAGCAGCAAGACCUUCCAUCUCGAGGUCGACAGCAAAAUAGCAGGCGCGACACCAAAAUCACCAGCGGCACAUCACUCGUGUUUCUUUGCGGACCAUUCCGACCCCCGAUACGAAUCUCGAAAUUCCCUCUCUCAACGUUGCCCAUCGGAGCUUCACCCGAAGUCGUCCAACUGCCAGCGACAUCGCAACGACAUCGCAAUUCGCCUCCAACGCACAUCGCCACCGCAUCGCACGCACAAAACAUCGUUCUCUAAUCCAGCAAUCUGUCCGACCUUGCCACUACGCGCUACGGAACGCUCCCGAACAUGGCCCCAUGUUGAGAUGAGGACCAAGAGAAAAAAAGGUUCAACAGCGCCAAGCCAUCCUUGAAUUUUUUCCAAAACCUUGACCCGGCACAUCGCUUACGACCGCGGCCGC